CUCGACGAACCCGACCAUGUUGCGUGUGCUAGCCUGCCUGUUAGCAACGGCCGCGGCCGCCGGCGCCGCCGUCAUCUCGGUCACACACGACGCCGCCUCCGGCAACUACUCGGUGCACGAUGGCGAGGCAGCAGGGUGGGUGGUGCGCGCUAACUUCUCCGACCAGCAGGCGGCCACGGGCUGGGCGCGCCUCGAGAUCGAUGGACGGCCCUCUGAGGACGAGGACGCCGACCAGGUGAUAGCGUUCGCCGCCGGCCUGGCCGAGGCGCACAUCACCAGCAACAUGAUCGCCGACUUCAUCUACAACGUGGUGGAGGACAUCUGCGCCAAGCCGGCCGACAGCAGCAAGUGCGCCGCCGUCAACGAGUACUUCGGCCGUAACCUCGAGUGGACGAGGAAGAAGGUGGAGUCGUCGUCGGAGCGCGACCCGUACUGGCGCCAGGUGGGUCUGGUGCUGAGUCAGAUGGACGGACUGCAGCGGGGCAUCGAGGACACCAUCCCCGGCGCGCGCCCGGACGCCGCGCUCUGGCUCAACGCCUUCCCGGACGCCAUGGACCUCAAGAUCGGUCUGCCGGUGAACAAGAAGCUGGCGGGCGCGGAGGGUCCCAGCGGCAGCGACCACUGCUCGGUGCUGGUGCGCCUGCUGCCCGAGAACGCCGACCUGCUCGUCGGCCACAACACCUGGGUCGACUACAACUACAUGUCGCGCCUGCUGAAGAAGGUGACGCUGCCGUUCCGCUCCGGGGCCGAGGGCGCCGAUACGGUGGCCGCGCCGACCGUGGCCUUCUCCGGCUUCCCGGGCAGCAUCGCCUCGCUGGACGACUUCCACAUCACGUCGGCCGGCCUGGUCACCACCGAGACCUCGCUGGACAACUACAACAAGGACCUGUGGACCUUCCUCACCACCAGCAACAGCGUCCUGCAGUGGAUCCGCGUCUCCGUCGCCAACCGGGUGGCCAACUCCGGCCAGGAGUGGCAUAACGCCUUCAAACGCUACAACAGCGGCACCUACAACAACCAGUGGAUGAUUGUCGACUACAAGAAGUUCGAGGUGGGAGCCGAGGGCGCCGAGCCGGGCCUGCUCUGGGUGACCGAGCAGAUGCCCGGCCUGCUGGUCGGCGACGACGUGACCCAGGUGCUGGCACACGCCGGCUACUGGGCCAGCUACAACCAGCCCUACUUCCCCAUCAUCGACGACAUCAGCGGCAACAAACGGCAGCGCGCCGAGCGCGGCGACUUCUUCAGCCACAACAAGAACCCGCGCGCGCAGCUGUUCCGCCGCGACCACGUGCUGGCCACCAACGUCACGGCGGCGCUGCGGCUGAUGCGGCACAACAACUUCACCGAGGACCCGCUCUCCAGCUGCAACUGCAGCACCGGCUACUCGGCCGACAACGCCAUCGCGUCGCGGCGCGACCUCAACGACCCGGACGGCACGUACCCGCUCAAGAGGCUCGGCUUCCAGAUGUACGGCGCCAUCGACGCCAAGGUGACCUCGGCCAAGCUGGCCGAGCGGCUAGAGUUUGUCGCCGAGGCGGGGCCGACGCACGACAGCCAGCCGGCCUUCCAGUGGAGCACCAGCCCGCAGGCGGACACGGUGCGACACCGCGGCCAGCCCGACCGCUGGGAGUUCGCGCCCGUCGACGUCACCUGGAGCUGGUGAGCACCGCGACGGACGUCACACUCCUCAUAGCGCCGUGAUUGUUGUUUGUAUUGUACCGUUCAAAAUAUGAUUUUGGACAGGGUCGCUCACUGAAUCCUCAUUAUUUUAUUUUCCGUCCGACUAUGGAUGGUAGCAUAGCUACACCGCGUCGGCAGCCACCACGUGCGUGCGCUCAUUUGUUCUCCGCGCGUGUCCGCAUGUGUGUGCGAGAGUUUGAGACCGAGAGUGUGAGCGUCGGCCGGCCGCCGCUUACACCGAUUUAUCCACCGUCCUUGGCGAGCGACUGUUUGUUUUCGUUGUUGUACGGCCAGCGCACGCCACGUGCGGGGCGAGCAGUGUCAAUAUACAAAGCUCUGUGGUUGUGUGCUGGGCAGAGAUCGGUGCACCCACUGCUGUGAUCCACGCUGCGACCACGGGUCAAUACACAAAACACUCUAUU